CAUCCUGGCCAGUUGGAUAUUAUUAAUAUUGCAUUAAUAUAUACAUGCAGUUAAAAAGCGCUGAGAGUUAUGCCAUUGACCCUCACAAGAGCCCGCGGUAUCUGGCUAAUCAAGGGAGGAAGUUGGGGGAGUAGAUGAGCACCCGCUGACCCUUAUACCAGACUAACACUGGAAGCAGAUAGGAAGCAGUCGUACAGUUAUCACAGACAUCACUGGGAACAAUAGCCACUGCAGUAGGAAACGAGAGUGAAUGAUUCAAGUGUUUUCGCUGUCGCCGGGGAUGGAGACCCUUAAGGGCUGGCCAAGUGGUGCUCACCUUACAUGCUACACCGACUUGUUCUCGCUCCGCACCAUUGCCGAACACGCGCUGGAAUAGUUGAGUGGAAGACAAGGAGAGGUUGUAAAACUGAAAUAACCACAAUCUUAAGCUGCAGCAGACAUUCAAAUAAAUAUUCAUUGAAAUACAGUGGGGACAGAGCCGACCAAAGCUGUUACCAAAGAGGAUACCAUGUGCUGAUACUACCAUGGUGUCAUUAGUUCUGCUCUCCUCCUCGGCGGUCACGUGAAUGGACUUUCGUCUUUAAAGAAGCAACAGCUCAUAUUGUCUGUGAAUUAAAGCAACCCAUUGUUUUUCUUGAGAGGCUUCCGGCAGCCCCGCGUCAAAUAAAUAUCAGUAAGAUGGGAGCUCAUGUCCUCAACAGCUGGUGAAAAGCGACUAUGCGGAACUAAAGUUUGUCGGUGUGUUUUGUACCCAAACAGACCGUUAGCCAAACGAAUACUGUUCCUGUUGACGGAGACAGAAGUCACGUGACGUUGGCUGACCUGGUGUCAAGUCUUCAUAAACAGGAGCUUACUUGUUACUGUGAACCCACUUCUCCAUCACAAUGGCUUCCUCCUGUGGGCUUCUUACGCUUAUUUGUCUCAUCCUUCUUGUCAUCACUGUAGUGUCUUCGGCCCUAACAAGCCAGGUCGACUCGUUCCAGUUUCUUCAUCAGCCGACCUUCGGGGCGCGUUCAGCUCGCGAGCUGGAAUCCCGAGGAGGGAAGCGACGAGGCCAUGAGCGUGUGGCUGUGGAUGGCACGAGGGGUCAGCGCCGCCAGACCCCACGAGGUGCGAGAGGUGACGUGCUGACGAAACAACAUGUGAAAUUAAUUGAAAACCUGUCGUCAGCUUCCGCGAUCUUCUCAUCGUCGCUGUAUUCACAGUUGAGGAAAAAUGCCAGUUCUGACAUCGUCUUCUCUCCCUUCAGUGUCCACGUGGCCCUGACCAUGACCUAUCUGGGUGCUCAGAAAGCCACCGCCAGGGAAAUGAUCAAGGUACUGGGGCUCUCCAAACUUCGGAAGAACAAAGCCCACUCUGCCUACGCCGCGUUGCUCCAGACCAGUCAGCUCUCCACCUCUGUCGAGCUGAACUUGGCCAACGCCGUGUUCGUUAAACCCAAUCUACCAGUUGAGGAAACCUUUCGUCAGGGUCUGGUACAGAUGUACCGAGCUAAGUUCGGCCACUUUGACUUCAGCGCCGUUGGUGGUCCAGAGACACCCAUCAACACCUGGGUAGGCAACGUGACCAAAGGCAAAAUACCAGAUUUUCUUGCACCGGGUACCAUUGACAAUACAACAGCCAUGAUCAUCGUCAAUGCUCUCUAUUUUAAAGGUUCCUGGCUGAAAACCUUCAGACUUGCGGACACAGCAGAGGAGCCAUUUUACCUGGAUGAUGGCACGACCGUUACUGUUCCCAUGAUGAAGCAGGAGGACAAUUUCAAGUACAAAAGAUCCCAGAAUCUGAAAGCUGACAUUGUGGAGCUGCCUUACAAAGACCAGCGAUAUUCCAUCUUCAUUGUGUUGCCGGUCAGCCGUGGAACUCUCAGUCAAGUGGAGCAGUCUCUGAAGAUGGAGGAAUUGACCUCUGAACUCGAGUCCAUGGGCAAUGACAAAGUGAAACUGUUUUUACCCAGGUUUAAGUCGAAGAGCCGCUUCAGUUUGAAAGAGCCUAUGAAGAGAUUGGGCAUGCGCAGCUCUUUCAACACCAAACGUGCCAACUUCCGGGGGAUCAGCUCAGGGAAUCAGCUGUUCAUAUCUGACGUCAUUCACGAGGCUGUGGUCGAGGUCAACGAGGAGGGGACAGAAGCAUCUGCAGCGACUGCAGUUAAGAUUUCUUUUAAGUCUCGCCCAUUCAGGACCGUCAACUUCCGGGCAGACCACCCUUUCCUGUACAUCAUACGAGACAAUACUUACAAGAUGGUUUUGUUCAUGGGUCGCUACACGGGGGUUGCUUAAUUCCACUUAUUAUACAGUAGUCUAUGACUAUGUUUUUUACUGCAAAUAUUUUAUGAUAGGCCCCUAAAAUUAUCUUCCUGUGAUGUAUCUCCCUUGUUUUGUAGGGUUUGGAUGGUAACCUCUGACCAAGGCAUCGGGGUACUCACCAUUAUCAAGUACAUAGUUAAAUUAUGGAACAAGGAAAGACUGUGUGUUUGGAUAACAGUCUGUACAGCUCAUUAUAUCUUGACAAAUAGUCACGAACAUGAGCACAUGACACCGACUAGUGUAAGAGAUGCAUUCUCUUAGUUUUUUCUCAUCAUUGUUUUAUUUUAAGAAAUUUGCAAAAUGUAUUUACACAUAUUUCUAGCAAGUGCAGUGUUUUUUUAGGAAACAUGUUAACACAGAAAGCAGGGCCAUCACUACAUAUGUAGACAGGAAUUCGUUUCUACCAAAGUGUUUCAAGUCUGGAGGGACGGUGUUAACUGGAAAUGAUAAAAAAAAUUUAAAAAAAAAAAAAAA